AUGGCGGCCAGUGAGAGCCGUGCAGAUGUUGCUGAGUGUUUAGUGACCUUUGACCUCUGUCUGCAUCAGUGUCUGGAGUUCGGCGAGGGCUCGGUGACAGGCGACAUGUGCGAGGACCUGUGCGUGCUCGGCCUGGUCGAGUACAAACGCUGCCUCUACUACGAGAACGGGAAGAAGGUGAUCGAGGCGCGCUGGAGAGGAAACCCCGUCAUCCUCAAGUCCAAGCUGGAGAACUUCUCCUCCUAUGAGCCUCUGGGAAUACUGGACUACGAGGAUGCAGCAGAGGAGCUCUCCCCGCUCGAUGUCGUGUUUUAUGCCACUCUUGAGGUACGAAACUCUCUGGGGUUGGCUGAGGAGAAUGAGGAUGAAGGAGGAGGAGUGAAUAACAGCUCUCUGGCCAGACUUUUGGGGAAGAAGCUGAAAAACAGGGAGAAGAGCUACUCCAGAGCAGAGCUGGCCUCCCUCUGGGCCCUGCUGCAGCAGGAGGAGUACACCUUUCUCAGAGUCCUGCAGGACCUCAGCACCCACGUGGCCAAGGUGUUGGGCUCCUGUGGUCAUUUCUACGCUGUGGAGUACCUCUCUGCCGGGCACGCCUGGGACCAGAACAUCUUCUCCCUGGAUGAUGUGGCUGUUUCUGGGGUUAAGGAUCAGGGCCAGGCCGGAGCCCGAGCCAGGUGGACGGCCCGGGAGAUGGUGCACCGCAUUGCGCUGAGCUUCCUGGACAUGGUGUGGCACUUUGACAACGACUUCACCCACAAACUGCACCUGUGUGACAUCAAACCGGAGAACUUUGCCAUCAGGAAAGACCUCACAGUGGUUGCGAUCGACGUGGACAUGGCGUUCUUCGAGCCGAAGAUGAGGGACAUCCUGGACCAGAACUGCAGCAGCGACGACGACUGUAACUUCUUCGACUGCUCGUCCAGGUGUGACCUGAUCAAACGCAGGUGCAGCCCGCGGCGCAGGAACAGCAACCUGCAGGUCAUCUGUGAGAAGAUUUUUAGACCUUGGUUUUCUCCCACGCUGCUUGGGGCCAAAGCAGGGCUCCCUCUACAGGUGGAGCUGCAGCGAGCGUGCAAGAGUGCUCAGAAACUGAAGGGGGCGUGGAGGACUCAGAGGAGGACAGAGGUGGUGGAGGAGGAGGCAGGGCCAUCCAUCAGCGCCUCCUCAGUGUCCUGAAGCACCUCCUUCAUGAGGGAGGGGCUUCAGAUGAAGGUGAAGGGGUGUGGGAGGGGAAAGGCCACAUCCACACUGCACUGAACUUUUGAGCUGGUAGCGGAGAGCUGAGACAGUCGAUACAGGAGGAGGAUCUCUGAAAACCACAGAGCAUUUUACUACAGGAAAUACUUCCAUUCCUUCCACUGCACAGUCAUAACCAGCAGGAUCCCAGGUAAGAAGAUGUUCAUCCACUGAUGCCUUUUUGGGUCCAGAGCCACAGUUUGAGCCACAGGGUGAAGUAUGUGGACACUCCUGUUCCUGUGUCCUUUUGGUCCAUUUCCCACUGGAGGGUCUGAGCACAACCCAAAGUGACCACUUCAGGAGAUGGCACUGAGUCAGGUAUGAGGUGCUCACAGGGAGAACAGUUUCAGCUCAGUGUGCAUCAAAUUCUUAUGAUGAAGAACAGUUUUGAACACAUACACAAAGAAAUUAUGGUUUUCCUGCUGUUCCCAGUGGAUUAAGUUUUAUCCUUCCUGAAAUUCCUAAAAUUAAAGUGGAAUGAAUCUUAUAUGACUUGAAGGUUGAGUUCAGGGAAGGUCCAACUUUAUUGCAAGAACUGGUUCACUGUGGAAGAACCUCCAUCCAUCGCCUUUAGUGUCCGU